CUAACAUAAUCAUCACUCCCAUCAAUAAAACUCCUAAAUCAAAAAAUAAACACUUUCUCUCUCUACAACUUCUGCAAAUCCCAACGCAAUUCUGCAAAAAUCCAACGACUUUUGCUGAUGAAAUACAUGCAUUUCCCAUCAUGGAUCACUGCGCUCAUCUUCCUCGCCGAUUUUCUCCCCUUCUGUCUCUCCGACCCGCGAAUUUCGGAGGCCGGAUUCUUCUGCGGCCUCGAGCGGCCGCCGGCGAACGCCAGCGCCGCCUACAUCCCGCUCUUCGUGAGGGGUAUGGAGCUCCUCUCGCAGCAGGUCACGGCCAGCGACUGGGGCAGCUCCGCCGUCCACUCCGCCAACGCCUCGAUAUACACCCUGGCGCAGUGCCACGCCGACCUCUCGCACGACGACUGCCUCCAGUGCUACGCCGCCAGCCGGACGCGCCUCCCGCGCUGCCUCCCCGCCGCCGGGGGUCGGAUCUUCCUCGACGGAUGCUUCCUCCGCUACGGCGGCUACGCCUUCUUCAACGAGAGCGUCGAUCCCCGCUCCGACGCCGUCAAUUGCAACGCCACGGCGCCGAAUUCCACGCUUCCGGAGGCGGAGUUCAGGAGGAGCGUCGCGGAGGUGAUCGACAACGUCACGGCCGCGGCCGCGGCGCAGGGGAGGUUCGCGGCGGCGGGGAUCGGAGGCGCGUUCGGAUUGGCGGAGUGCUGGAACACCGUCGGCGCGGAGGGGUGUAAGGCGUGUUUGGCAAAGGCGAAUUCGGAAAUUCGGCGGUGUUUGCCUCGCAGCGAAGGCCGCGCGUUGAAUGCUGGUUGCUAUUUGCGGUAUUCUACGCAGAAAUUCUACAAUCAAUCGACUGCAUCAAAUCAUGAAUCCGGUGUUUCUAGAAGAGGGGUGAUUGUGGCCAUUGCUUUCUCUGUGGUUGCUUUCUGUAUGCUUUGCCUCUUUGGUGGUCACGCAGCCUAUCGGAGAUGGAAGAGACGAAAGCAAGAGCGCUAUAAUCUUGGCAAGAUUUCGUUUUCCUACAACAAGUCGAAUUUGAACUUCAAAUAUGAGACCCUAGAGAAGGCGACCAACUAUUUUGAUCCGUUGCGGAAACUCGGGCAGGGAGGGGCAGGCUCUGUGUACAGAGGGACCCUCCCAAAUGGGAACACUGUGGCUGUGAAGCGGCUCUUCUUCAGCACGAGGCAGUGGGUCGAUGAGUUCUUCAACGAGGUGAACCUCAUCAGUGGGAUCGAGCACAAGAAUCUCGUGAAGCUUCUUGGCUGCAGCAUUGAAGGCCCUGAAAGCCUUCUGGUUUAUGAAUAUGUGCCUAACCAGAGCCUUGAAGUCUGCCUCUUUGAUAAGAAUCGGACGAAGAUCUUGAACUGGAAGGAGCGGUACAACAUUGUGGUUGGAACGGCUGAGGGGAUCGCCUUCCUUCAUGGAGGUACCGAGUUCAGGAUCAUCCACAGAGACAUCAAGGGCAGCAAUGUUCUUCUUGAUGAGAAUCUUGAUGCUAAGAUAGCUGAUUUUGGUCUUGCUCGGAAUUUCGCAGCCGAUAAAACUCAUCUCAGCACAGGAAUUGCAGGCACAUUAGGAUACAUGGCGCCCGAAUACAUAGUCAAAGGGCAGCUCACAGAGAAGGCCGACGUUUAUAGCUUUGGCGUUCUGGUUCUUGAAAUCGUGUGUGGAAGGAAGAACAACGUCUUCGUUGAGGACUCCGGAUCUCUUCUACAAACAGUGUGGAAGCUCUUCAAGACGGAUAGACUGGCAGAAUCAGUCGACCCUUCUCUGAAGGGCGACUUCCCGCCAACAGAAGCUUCGAAAGUCUUGAAAAUCGGGCUCCUCUGCGCCCAGGCAUCCGUGGCUCAACGACCAUCUAUGGUGGACGUUGUCAGAAUGCUGACGGAUGAAAACUGUGAAGUCCCAGAACCGAAACAACCACCAUUCUUGAACAUUAGUGCCCUUUCCGGCAGCACUACCAGAUCAUCCUACAGCAUCAACAGUUUGACAUCGAACCCGAUGACGCGGCCGGAAACGUCUUAUCCCUCCUCAGAGUCCUUCAGCAUUCAGAGCUCAGAAGGGCAGCAAUCAAGAAGUGAAGAGAUCAGGUUAAAAUAGAAGAGGAUUUUUUCGCAUGAUUAUUAAAAUUGGAUUCAUUUUGCCUAAGGGAACUUAGACAAGGCCAGGUGUUGUACAAUUGGGUGAAAAGUGAAAGUGAAAGUGUUCAAAGCUUAUAGUAGAAAACAUGCAUGCAGAUUUUGUAGAGUUUUUGUUUUGUUUUUUUGUUUUAAAAAAAGACCAAAAAAGGAAUAUAGUUGAAAAUAGGGUAGCCGUUGAAAUGUCAUUUUCUUGGGAGGUAGAGUUGAGUUUUAGAUGCAGAUUAGAGAUUGCUUGUCAAAUUAUAACUAAAUUUUGGGCGGUUGCUAUAAGUGUGCUAUCAAUGACAAUUAUUUCACUCUAUUUAUCGCAA